UCUGUGGCAGAGGGCGACCGGGGGAAGACUGGCGCAGUAACUGCACAGGCCUGAUAGGAGAGGGAGAGGCAACAGGUGGCAGCGGGAACAGCAGGAGGCACAUCCACAGCAAACCCACGGGCUCUGCCUCCGUCUGCCUCCAUUUCCUCCUCCUGUGAUAACACUGGAGGGAGGUGCUCGGCCGGGAACAGCGGGAGGGAGAGACGCUCGGGGGCUGCGCGCACAACGCCAGGCGCAGGAGUCCGAUCCGCGUUGCUGCGGGAUGUUUUGAGCCGCAGGGCCGUUUUCCCUGGGAACCAGAGGCAGGACACAGGAAUUCCAGGUCACAAGGGCUCCUGUGGCACAGCGAGCUCUGGGCUGAGCCGAGCGGGCGGGUUUUCCAGCCUCUCCCAGCUCACGAUCCGUACGGAGGACGGCGUGGACGGAGGGCUCGGCUUCCGGCCUGACCUGAUCGCCAUGGGGCCGUUUGUGGCGUUUGCCUGUGUGCUGCUGCUGGUGUCCCGUCUGGGAAGCCAGCACGCUGUGUCAGGUGGCUGUCUGGGAAAGUGCUGCAGAGGCAGAGACUUGGGCUGCUUCACCACCGACUGGAGGAUGGACCGGGUGUACGGGACGUGCUUCUGUGACGAGGGCUGCGUCAGGACCAAGGACUGCUGCUUCGACUUCUUCACUACAUGCCCCGCUCAGGAUUGCGUCAUGAGCGACUGGAGCUCCUGGAGCGGCUGCGCGAAGCCCUGCGAGCCUUCGGCCCGGGUCCGAGUCCGUCGCAUAGAGCAUCAGCCCAGGAACAGCGGAGAGGCCUGUCGGAGGCUGGAGGAGCGAGCCGGCUGCAUGGAGUACAGAGACCCCCGGGGCGACCAGUGUGGACUCAACUCAGGCCCUGCAUUCAUCACCAGCAUGAAGUUCGGCGAGGGAAGGCCCGAGCAUGACACGUAUGGAAAGCCCCUAGACCCCGGGUUCUGUGUGGAGUUCACGCUGGAGUCCCGGACGCCCCACUGCACGGUGGAAAACCGGCCACACACACACUGGAUGCGCUACAUAACAGAAGGCUUUAAAGUGUGUGUGGUGUGCGAACCUCCCGCCAUGCGAAACAAUAGCGGCAGCUGCCAAGGAGAUGGCCAGGAAUCAAACAAAGGAGCGCUGCUCCGCUGGCAGGCGGUGGGGAACCCUCAGUGUCACGGGACGUGGAAGAGGAUCCAGAGAAGCCAGCGGUGCAACUGUCCACCGCAGCACAGCUUCAUCUUUAUCUGAGCCAAACAAAGCACCGCUGGACGUGCUCGGAUGCCGUGUCCGCAAAAACACUCCACAGCCGAGCUCCUGUCACGCGCGAGACUGGAAUAACGGAGGCUGAGGCCAGAAGCCCUGACACCAGGCUGCUGGAUGUGCAUCAUCUCAUUAAUAUGCUACACACUGAUAUACAUGCACGUUCACUAUGUUCUGCACUUUCUGUUAUGACACUUCCAAUAGACAGCUAAAAGGCACAGAACACUGAUUAUUUCUCAAAAGUCAGUUUUAUUCAUUUUUGUAACAACUUUAUAUUAUUAUUUAACAUAAUAUUUUCAAAAUAAAAUAUUUCACAUUUGUUUAUUCAUUA